UAGACGAAGCCGUUGACACAAGAUGGCGUCGCUUCACCAGAACGGUACAGAGAAACGGUCCAAACGGAAUCCGAAUGGGAUGCAAAAUGGACUUUAUUCGGUUCUGUUUUAAAAUAUAAACACCCGACAAAUUCCCAAAGUUUCACAUUAAUGAAAUUCAGUAAGAAACGUGGAUUUUUGAGAGCUGUCAUGAAUGGAGCGAAGUUUUAGCAAUGCGUCAAGAAGAGAAACUGUAUUUCUGUAUGAACAUCUCUGUUCAUGGCGGAGGAUUUGGAGCGGCUCUGAAGUUCGGCCCUUACUCGGCGUGCAGUCGGGCCCCUCCCAGGUCCUCGGGGGUCACCUCCUCUCCUGUAGCGGCUUUGACGAGCGGCGGGCCUCCCAGGAAGAUGGUUCCUAUCCGGUGCACCAUCACCGCCUCCUCUGCCAUGGUGGGGAUGGCGGCCCUGCUGGUUCAGUGGGAGGAGGAGAGUCAGUCAGUCAGUCAGGAGGAGGACAGGAGUCCCAGCGGCAGUUUGGGAGAACCAAGGCGGGGGGAUAAGUGCGUCCAAACCGGGAGAAGUCACACGGAGGUGUCCGCCAUGAGUUGGGGAACGGAGCUCUGGGACCAGUUUGAGAAUCUGGACAAACACACUCAGUGGGGGAUUGACUUCCUAGAGCGCUAUGCAAAGUUCGUUAAGGAGAGGCUGGACAUAGAGCAGAACUAUGCCAAGCAGCUACGGAAUCUGGUGAAGAAAUACUGUCCAAAACGUUCAAAAGAUGAAGAGCCAAGGUUCACAACGUGUCUGUCGUUCUACUCCAUUCUGGGCGAGCUGAACGACUACGCCGGCCAGAGGGAGGUGGUGGCGGAGGAAAUGUCCCACAAGGUUUACAACGAGCUGAUGAGGUACAGCCAGGAGCUGAAAGCCGAGCGGAAACACCACCUACAGGAAGGAAGGAAGGCUCAGCAGUUUUUGGAUCACUGCUGGAAACAGAUGGACAACAGUAAAAAGAAGUUUGAGAGGGAGUGCAGAGAAGCAGAGAAAGCGCAGAUUACCUACGACCGGCUAGAUAACGACAUCAACGCCACCAAGUCAGAGGUGGAGAAGGCUAAAGCCCAGCUCUACACGCGGACUCACAUGGCGGACGAGAGUAAAAACGAAUAUGCUGCUCAGCUCCAGAACUUCAACGGAGAGCAAUGGAAACAUUUUAAUAACGCCAUACCACAAAUCUUUAAGAAUCUCCAAGGCAUGGACGAACGGCGAACAGUAAAACUCGGUGAAACGUAUCGAAGCUUUGCGGAGGCGGAGCGGCGAGUCAUUCCCAUCAUCACCAAAUGUCUGGAUGGGAUGGUUUCUGCUGCCAAGGCUGUCGACGAGCAGCGGGACUCGACUAUCGUGGUGGAGUCGUUUAAAUCCGGCUUCGAACCACCGGGUGACUUUCCGUUUGAGGACUUCAGUCAGAACUUGAGCAGGACGGGUUCGGACGGGACCAUCAGCAACACGCCGAAAGGCGAGAAAGAGCUGGCUCCGGUGCCGCGCUCCGAAGCAAAACACACGAUAAGCAAAGGCAAGAAUAAACUCUGGCUGUUUGGGAAGAAACCGAAGGUUCCGUCUCUGGAGGAUUUCAGCCACUUGCCUCCUGAGCAGAGGAGGAAGCGGCUGCAGCAGAAGAUUGACGAACUGAACCGGGAGCUGCAGAAGGAAACGGAUCAGAGGGACGCCUUGAACAAGAUGAAGGACGUGUACGAGAAGAACCCGCAGAUGGGCGACCCCAACAGCCUGCAGCCCAAGAUCUCUGAGACCAUCUGCAACAUCCAGAAGCUGCGAUCAGAAAUCCACAAAAACGAGAUGUGGCUGUCGGAGGUGGAGGGAAAGCAGAGCUCCAGAGGAGACCGGCGGCACAGCGCAGACAACCACCAUCACACGCCUCACGGCAGGGAGAGCCCUGAGGGCAGCUACAAUGAUGACACCAACCAGGAGCAUCAGACGCCGCAUCAGACGCCGCAUCGGACGCCGCAGCACCGCCCCACGCAGCCGGCCCAACCCAACCACGACCCGCACGAGUUCGACGACGAGUUCGACGACGACGACCCGCUGCCCGUCAUCGGACACUGCAAGGCGCUCUACUCCUUCCACGGCCAGAAUGAGGGGACACUGAUGAUGGCAGAGGAUGAGGUGCUGUACAUCAUCGAAGAGGACAAAGGCGACGGCUGGACGCGGGCGAGGAAGCAGAGCGGCGAGGAAGGCUACGUUCCCACUUCCUACGUAGAAAUCACCAUCGAGAAAAACAGCAAAGGUUCCUGAGGGCUGCAGAGUGGCCGGGCGAUUUGAUUGGCUGGUGGAGGGCUCACGCUGAUAAUGAUUGGUGGUGGAGGCUGGGGGGCGGGGAGAAGGAGGCCCUGCAUGUUUCUGUGCUUUCCAUAAUCAGCAGAGAGUCAGAGAGAUUUCAUAAACGACGCCAUCUUUGUUUCUGUUCAGUCGCAUCCUGAUUCGCUCUCACAGUUUGUCUUUUAACGCAUCAGCAUGAAAUUACGUUGAAGAGACGGGUGUUCAAACGGACUGAGUCUCCUAACUCUAUCGAAGCUUUUUUCUCAUUAAAACAGCUUUUAUUUUAUAAUUUUACGACUGGAAUUGAGCUGAAAGUGCAAAAAUAUAUAAAAAAAAACAAAUCGGACCAUCUUUAAAACAUAGAGCAACGUUUGCACAUUUCUGGUCGACUUUUCCUCUAACAGGAAAAAAAUAACUUUUAGCAAGAGUCUCCUCUGUACAGGAGAAGAUUAGGAUCACUGAAAAAAAUAAUUCUGGCUUUAAUCUCAGGAUUCUGGAUUUAAUCUCUGAAUUUUGGCUUUUUUUCAGAAUUUUUAAUUUAAUCUUAGAAUUCUGAAUUUAACCAAUACGAUUAAACUCAGAAUUGUUUUAGAAUUCAUAAUAACAAUAAAAAAAUCAGAAUUCUGAAUUUAUGCUCAGAAUUUUAAUCUCAUAAUCCCAACUUCUUUAUGAUAAAUUUGAACUUAAUCUUAGAAUUUUGAAUUUAAUCAGAAUUUUUUUCAAAAUUCUGAGAUUAAAUUCAGAAUCAUUAUUAUUUUUGUUUAGUGGCCCUAAUCUUCUUCCGUACCUCUGAUUGUUUAGCAGAGAGCCAUGUUGAAUCCCAGCAGCGCCCGGACUUUGUUUAAGCCGUCUCGGUCUGCUUGCUAACACCAUGGGUGCAGCUGUGCUCCAUCUGUCUCCUGUCGUCAUCUGUGCUCUGUUGGUGAUGUCUGCCUGCCUGCCUGAGCCACUCUGCUCCUCAUGCCUGCCUUCAUCCUCACUAAGUCGCAUGUUUUGACGCCAUUUUUGAUGCUUCCGUUGAUCGCCAUGUUGUCCUAAUGAAGCAUGAUUUUUUAAAUGUUUGUCAUUAGACAGACAGCAGGAAUCAGGUGAAAACACAACCCUUCCUCCUCCUCUUCCUCUUCCUCUCUGUCUUUGCCUUUCCCUCCUCGGAUGUCGUUGCUCCGGUCGACCAGCAGGGGGCAGCCAGAACCAGCUGGACUUCAGCCUUAGAAAACCUUCAUGUUGCUUUCAUCGUUGACGGAUUUUCACACACUCCAUUUCCCAUCAGGCACCUGGCUUCACUCUUCUCCCUCCUGGACUCUCAACAUCAGUUUUUGUGAAUGUUUUUGACACACGCGUCAUGUACGGAAAGCCAAGUAGGCCAAAAAUCCGUCCAUGUUACAUGCGUCAUGUUCUUUUUUUUUCCUUUACUCUGUUGAAUUAUUUGUACAUAUAAACAUCUGUGUCAUGCUGAAUGUGUUUCCAUGGAGAUUGUUUUGUUCCUCAGAGGCGACACGGUUUGAAGAGAUGCACUUUGCUCUGAAACAGCGUUUGAACCUGAUGAAUGAGUGAAUGAUGUGAUAUUUGUUUUUCUGAAUGACCACUAGGCAAACAAAAAAAAUAUUUGUUUUGUACUCUUUUUAUUCAAAACACUUAAUUUUUGCAUGAUUUGUUUAGAUCUUUGAUUCAUGUCUGAGACACUAUUGAACGCUUCAGACUUUUGAGAAAUAAUCUCUAAUCAGCAGCCAGCCGUGAUUCUGUUUCUGUUUCUAUGAUGAAGCUGUGAAAUGUGCAUUAUGACGCUGUAGAUGUUCUAACUCCAACUUCCUUAUUUUUGUCACUUCAUGGCCUCCGUAUCUCUAAUCAGGGCUUAAAUUAGCUUCUCUGUUGCCUUUAUGCAAGCUUUUACCUUGAAACUUUUUCUUAAACAUUCAGAAAAUGUAAGCAAAUCAGCCUGGAAAUGAUUUUUACAAUAUUCUUCUGACUUCUUGCAGAAUGAAGCGAAUUAAAAAUGCCAGUUUCUGGAGCCGGACAGAUUAAUUUAAUGCAUCUUGUUGCAACGUAAGCAAUGACUUUGUGUUUCCUUACUUACUGUGUACACUUAAAGUACGUAACUCUCAUUAAAAUGAAUUUUUUUUUACAUAUUUGUUAAAACUCAUGUUUUGACAGUUUGAGACGCAUAAUCUGUAAAAACAUCAACCUCCCUGAGCUGCUUCAGCCGUCUGAAGAAAAGCACCAAAAACAACCAAUAAGAGACAGGAGGCGGAGCUUAGUGCUCUCAAUCAAUCUCAUGUACUCGCUGAUCAAUGUGUUAAUGGCAGAGAAACAACUUGGAGGAAAAACCGUCAGGAAAAAGCUGUACGUUAGCGCAGCGUAAGGGCUGUGAUUGACAGCGUUAAGCCCCGCCUCCUGCUUCUGAUUGGUUGUUUCUAGUUGGCAGAAGACAGGAACAACAUUUUUUUUUGUUUUUCAUAUAAAACUGUCACAACAUGAGUUUCAAUAAAUGUGGAAUAGAAUAUUUUUUAAUGAAAUUUAAGACGCUUCAGCUUUAAGCCCAAAGUUUUUCUCGUCUCUGUCAGGAUGUCGAUUCAUCAAGACGUUUGUCUUAAAACAUUUAGACAACAAAACUUUGUAGUUUAUAUUUUAUGCAUUAAUAAAGUACAUUAUGCUAAAUAUUUACACCCUUGUCAAAAUUGAGUGGAAAACAAUUUAACGUUGCAGGAGUUUUUUUCGGUAAUGAUUUCAUGAAUUUUGGGAGAUCAGCCAUCGCCCCAAGCAAAGAUGGCGCUGUUGCCGACUUUGAAAUUUUGUUGGGAUACUUGGCAACUUUUCAGGCAAAUUGGUUCUGGCCAAAAUCUGAAUCAUCAGGCCAGAAAUCUGCAGUCGGUGCAUUUCUAGUUUCCACUUUGAUUAUCUCCACGUAUAUAAAGUCGGAUGUCCUCCGUACCAUCACCCUAAUCUUUAGCUCCCUCCACAGGUUCUUUAGUUAGGACACUAAAACCUUACUACUGCCUGCUAGAAGAAACACGUUUAAACGUCCAAAACUAAAUCUGAGUUGGGUUUGAAUCGUUUUGGGGUUAAUUAUAAACUCAUUUCUUUAAACAUUGAAAAAGAAUUUGCAUAAUUUUGUGUAUUAUAAUGCAGUGAAACCUUCUAUCCUAAUUCGUUUUUAAAGCUUUUCUGUGUUUUAAUGUCUUAUAAAUCAUUCCUGACCUAAAUGUCUUCCAACUGGUAGCAAAAAUAAUAAAGUCCAAAGAUUUACAAGUUUUUGUUGUGUGAAAGAAAAAGAAGGAGCAGGAAAUGUUCUGCACAAAAACCUGAAAGAAGAAAAUGUUUUUUCUUUCUAGUGUUUUGGGAGAAACAUUAAACUUUUGUUUCAAACGUAUAAACCUGCAGUAAGUUCUUGUACUGGAAGCCACUGUGAUCGUGAUCCUGCAAUAAACCCGACAAAUUCUCUGUCUGGUUCUGUUUUUUUCUCCAAAAUCCUGUGAAAACUUUGAGACUCAUUUUAGAUAGAAAAAACAAAAAUGAUCACCAGAAAAUUAAGACAUUUUUUAGAUUAAUCUCAGACAUUUUGAAGAAAAUUUGAGUUUCAAAAGUCAAAAAUUUGAGAAGAAAUGGAAAUAUCAGAAAUUGAAAAGUUGAAAAUAUGAGACAAAAAAAAAUUAAUUUUGAGAUCUCAGAAAUUUUCUAGGAAAAAGACAAAUUUCUGAGUGAAAAGUUUAAAAUUUUGAGAAAAUAACGUGGAACUUUCUGAGUUUCAAAAGUCAAAAAUUUCUAACCUGAAUCUGCAUUUUCCAUUUUUUUCCUAAAAUAAAAAUAUAUAAAAAAUAUUUGGUUUAUUUUAGCAAAUUUGUGACUUCAAAUUAAAAAAAAAUCUCCACCUUUUUUCAAGAAAAAAAUCUGACACUAAUCUAAAAAUUCAGUUUUUCUGUUUGACUUUUCAAACUCUGAAGAGAAUUUCAAACCUUUUUGUUUUUAUAACAAUUUCUACAUUUUUUUGGGUGAAAUUUUCUCCAGUUUUUGUUUCUACAGUGGCUCCAAUAUGCCGGUCAGAACAUUUUUGCAGUAAUUGAACCCAGAAGCAGGCAGAAAAAUGUAAAUCUGUUCUCCGGAUGCUGUAACCAUGGCAGCACUUCAUGCUCCAUAUUGUGCAUAUUUUUUUAUUUUCCUUGAAUAUUGUCGAAUACUUUGAACAUAAUUCUCCUUGUUGAAAAUGUCGCUCUAAUAAAACAAACAUAAAACCAUGA